CAUAAACAUCGUAGCCCGAGAUAUGUGUGUGUUGCGUAGCGAUAACACGUUGUUCCAGAUUGCGUAAUACAGAUUCACGCAGCUAGAUGGCAUGGACAGUAAGCACAGCAAAAUGGAGGUUAUUGUUGUCUCCCUCGACAGUUUGUUUAAUUAACGCAACUGAAAAAUCGGAUUUACCAGAAUGAUUACAGUGAUGGACGGACAUAAAAACAUAAAUCACGUAGAAGACCACUGCUUAGACUUUCAAAACGUUACUAUUCCAUCAGGAAGCACUUACAUUCCCGGCUCGGACCCUUGCGUUUUAUGUCUUUGUGAACAUGGGAAAAAUCUUUGGUGUCAGGCUGUUCGUUGUGCAGCUUCAGAGGAUUGCUUAUUCUAUACUACAGGAAAAUCUUGCUGUGAAUUCAUAUGUAUGGAUAGAGUUGUCGAAGUCAUAUGUGGCUUCUGCUUACUCUCCCUACUGAUGAUUGGUAUAUUUGUCUAUUACCUGCAUAGAAAGAACCGUAAAAUGGCAACAGGCACAUUGCUGAACAAGUCUGACGCUGAUGUGGCAUUAGUCGACCAUUCGUCCAUCUACGAAAAGAAAGUGAAGAUUUAGAUGUGUUAAUAUUAAGUUUGCAUGAAUCUCGUUCCCGUUAAUUCUGAAUAUUUUAAGCCAAUCUAUUACUCGAUAAUUAUUAUAACAUUAUGAUUGUCCUAUUAUACUAUUUAUCACGUUUCUAGAAAAAUGCGGUCUUUGUACCCUUCUGUUGGGCGUAUUGUGUUCCUUAGGGAAUAAUGACGAUAUGAAGAGCGUCAAAUGGUGUGUAGCUCCGUUAUUAUAUAUCCGUUUUCAAUAAACUUCGUAUAGCUAGAA